GAUAUAUUUGAUUAAUGUUGGGCUUUUAUUAAACCCAUUAGUUUAAACGGGCCGGCAAUUAACGUUUAAAUUUGGGCCGACUCUAACGUGAAAUACUAGUCGAGAAAACCCUGCCGCCGCCGCCGCAGCUCCGGUAAACCUGAUGGCGGCGACGACGAAGAAAUCGUUUCUUUUUCUCUCUCUGCUCGUGUUAUCUUCUACGCUGACUAAUUCCUUCCUCUUAUCCAACUACCACACCCUAUUUUCCCUCUCCCACUCCCUCACUUCCCGCGUCGCCACACUCCGAUCCGCCCGCGGCGAUUAUGAGGGGGCGGCGAGGGCGAGAGCGUUGGCCCGUAAUCUCGAGCGGGGGCUGGGGGUGGGGUUCUACAAGUUCGCUUUGAAUGUUGGAUGGGAUUAUGUGAAGAAUUACGCGUGGAGAGACACGAUGUCGUUUGGAACCCUAGGCGGCCUACUGUCGGAUCUGAAUGAGUUGUUAGGGUCUUUGAGUGAGUUGAAUCGCAUCAACUCGGAUGCGGAGAGGUUGGCUUGGGUCAGUCGGAAUUACAAAAAUGCCCUUAGGGUUUCGAAAUCCCUCUUCUCUCGAUUGCUCGAAGUUUUCCGGUCAAUCUGGGCCACUGCGGGAACUGGUGGAGACGCUGCAGAAGGAAGUUAUGGAGGGUGGUUUGCUGAAGGAUUGUCUCGAGUUGGGUUCUGAUGACCUCAAGGGUUUGCUACAAGUUUUCAAGGACAUUGCUCUCCAAUAUGCCUCCUCAGCUGCUCCCAACACUGACCUCUGAACGAUACAUACCUGUUUUUUCGUUGGAUGGCAUUUAUUUAUUUAUUUACGCUGCAUGCGAAAAGUUUAAUCUGCUGACUAUGGAUGUAGCAGUAAUGUAAUAUUAUCAUAUAUGGGUCGGUGGUUUGGCAGUGUUGCUAGGUGACGGACUAUUUGACAUCAAAGUAUGGUUGAUCGACUGAACUGAAGUACACUUGUCUGAAAGCCCUUGUUGCUUGGAAGAACGGGCUGCGUCUGAUAUUUUCAGAGGUUGAAGUCCUGAAAAGCUUCUGGGAUUUUUUUUUGAAAAUGUGGUCUAUGUGCAAGGUGUUAACAGUUAUUUUCCGAGUUCGCCUGUCGUAAAGUUCUCGUCCCUGGAAGGCGGGUUCUAUUUUGGUGUUUGUCAACAUUUUUGAUAGUUGAUCCCGUUCUAUUUGUGAAGUAUGUAUUUUUGUUGUACACUGAUGCCUGUUUGAGAACCGUGAUUAUUCACGGCUCUAGGCCUAAACUAUUCCACAAGGGUGGGAAGUUCGAUUGUAACUUGUUUCUGUUCGUACAAAUCUUGUAUUUGUUUUCCUUUUGAUCUACCGGCUUGUAACUCUUAAUGAUUUGUCUUAGUAAACAGCCUUAUGGUCAUAUAAUAACAUCUGUCAUUUGAUCUUUUUAGAUGUUA